AGAGCCCAACAUUAAACAUAUCUGACGUCUAUAUCUCCAUCAUCAUCAUCAUCAUCAUCGGCUCUCAAUGUCCAAAUAACUCUUUGCAUUUCCGUGCUAUCGCUUUUCUUUCAAAUUCGCGGUUUUCGCUCGUUUACCCUCGGAACGUCUUUAGGGAUCUGAAGUUUGCCUCAGUUUUGCGCAACCGGUGUGUGAACUCGAUUAAACAGCCCGAUCCGAUCGCUGUCCACCAGGCGUGAUUGUGUUGACACCAGGGGAUUCAUAUGAGCGUACCUCCGGUAAUCCGACCGCCGAGCCCCCUCCCGGGGUCGCAAGGCAUCUCCUUCCAAAUCCAGAUCGGGUUGAGCCGGGAACCCGUCCUGCUGGACUCCGGCGAGUUCAGCUUGGCGCAAGUCCGAGAGAUGGCAUGCUCCAUCGUGGACCAGAAGUUCCCAGAAUGCGGCUUCUAUGGGAUGUAUGACAAGAUCCUUCUUUUCCGUCACGAUCCAAACUCUGAGAACAUCCUGCAGUUGGUGAGGUCUGCGGCUGAAAUUAUGGAGGGGGACCUGGUUGAAGUCGUCCUGUCAGCCUCAGCUACAGUGGAGGAUUUUCAGAUCCGACCUCACGCUCUGUUCGUCCACUCAUAUCGAGCUCCAGCAUUCUGCGAUCACUGUGGAGAGAUGCUGUGGGGUUUAGUGAGGCAGGGGCUCAAGUGUGAAGGCUGCGGGCUGAACUACCACAAACGCUGUGCCUUUAAAAUCCCCAACAACUGCAGUGGCAUCCGAAAACGACGACUCUCCAACGUGUCCCUCACGGGCCUGACCAACACUCGCUCUGUGUCUGCUGAACCAUCCCCCAGCACCUCUGAUGAAGCACUGCUAUCUCCUGUCAGUCCUAGCAUGGAGCAAAAAACACCAUCAGACAUCUUUCCAGGAAGAGGCCGCUCCAAUUCUCAGUCCUAUAUAGGUCGACCGAUAGAGCUGGACAAGAUCCUGCUGUCUAAAGUAAAGGUGCCACACACAUUUGUCAUCCAUUCCUACACGCGACCCACUGUUUGCCAGCACUGCAAGAAGCUCCUCAAGGGCCUGUUCCGCCAGGGACUGCAGUGCAAAGAUUGCAAAUUCAACUGCCAUAAACGAUGUGCACCCAAAGUGCCAAACAACUGCCUCGGAGAGGUGUCAAGAAACGGAGACCUGUUGAGUCCAGGUGCUGAAUCAGAUGUGGUCAUGGAGGAGGGCUGUGAUGACCAUGAUGGAGACAGACACAGUCCGCUUAUCGAUGACAUGGAAGAGUCACUGGUGGGGGAUUCUGCUGCUCUUUUGGAAGCUGGACAUGGUGAGCUUGGAGAUUUCCAAGACCUAGACCCGGAUGAGUCCAACAGGAUCAUCAGCCCUUCCACCAGCAACAACAUCCCACUUAUGCGGGUGGUUCAGUCUGUCAAACACACCAAGAGGAAAAGCAGCAAUGUUAUGAAAGAAGGCUGGCUUGUGCAUUUCACCAGCAAAGACACACUGCGUAAAAGACAUUACUGGCGACUUGACAGCAAGUGUAUUACCCUGUUCCAGAACGACACCGGCAGCAAAUACUAUAAGGAAAUUCCUCUAUCUGAGGUGUUGUCUCUGGAACCAGCGAAAACAUUCAACCUUCUGCCUGAGGGUGCAAACCCACAUUGCUUUGAGAUCGCCACCACAUCUCUGGUGUACUAUGUGGGAGAGAACCUGAGCCGAGCCGACGGGGGAUCCUCAGGCUAUGGAAGCAGCAUGCUUGUUAGUGGUGUGGGGCAGGAUGUGGCCCACAUGUGGGAGAUGGCCAUCCAGCAUGCUCUGAUGCCUGUCAUCGCCAAGGGCAUAUCACAGGGCGGCCAUCAUAACUACCACAAAGAGGUCUCCAUCAGCAUCUCUGUAUCCAACUGCCAGAUCCAGGAGAAUGUGGAUAUUAGCACAGUGUAUCAGAUUUUCCCUGAUGAAGUACUUGGCUCUGGGCAAUUUGGCAUUGUCUAUGGAGGUAAACACAGAAAAACAGGCAGAGAUGUUGCCAUCAAGAUCAUUGAUAAACUGCGAUUUCCCACAAAGCAGGAAAGUCAACUGCGCAAUGAAGUUGCCAUUCUCCAGAACCUCUAUCAUCCCGGCAUUGUGAACCUGGAGUGCAUGUUUGAGACACCCGAGCGUGUCUUUGUUGUCAUGGAAAAGCUCCAUGGCGACAUGCUGGAGAUGAUCCUGUCAAGUGAGAAGGGGAGGCUUCCAGAGCGCAUCACCAAGUUCCUGGUAACGCAGAUUCUGGUCGCUCUCCGGCACCUUCACUUCAAAAACAUUGUUCACUGUGACCUCAAACCCGAGAAUGUUUUGUUAGCCUCCGCUGACUCCUUUCCACAAGUUAAGCUCUGCGAUUUCGGCUUUGCACGUAUUAUCGGGGAGAAGUCUUUUAGGCGUUCGGUGGUUGGCACCCCGGCGUAUCUCGCCCCUGAGGUGCUGAGAAACAAGGGUUACAACCGCUCGCUGGACAUGUGGUCGGUGGGUGUCAUCAUCUACGUCAGUCUCAGUGGAACCUUCCCCUUCAAUGAGGACGAAGACAUUCACGACCAGAUCCAGAACGCUGCCUUUAUGUACCCACCCAACCCGUGGAAAACAGUGACCCCGGAGGCAAUUGACCUCAUUAAUAACCUGCUGCAAGUCAAAAUGAGGAAGCGCUACAGCGUGGACAAGUCUCUCAGCCAUCCCUGGUUACAGGACUACCAGAUGUGGCUGGACCUGCGGACUCUGGAGUGUAAGAUGCUGGAGCGCUAUAUCACACACGAGAGUGACGAUCUGCGCUGGGAGCAUUUCGCUGAACAAAAUGGCCUUCAGUACCCAGCCCACUUAAUAAACCCUCACGCGGACGUCCGUGAGCUGGAGGAGCCCGACGAGCUGGUGAUGGGCAGACUCAGCGACAGAGUCAGUGUCCUGUAAAAGUGAUGCCAACAGUGGAAAUCAAGCCAACUGCACACUGCCAAAAUCAACACUUAAGUCCACUCUAAUGCCUUGACAAUUCCUGCACAAUCCUAACGUUUAACAGUGUACACUCCUCAGAUCAAGCACAAAUUACAUUAAACACACAGUGCCUAUGCCACAAAAGCCAACCAUAGCCAUAUAUGACAAAGAUAAUCACGGCCAAA